AUGUCUGGAAAUGAAAUAAUUCGAGAGGAAAUUUUGGCUUAUAGCCGGAAUCCGAGACGCUUAACUGAUGAUUUGCAUGUUCCUAUAACGAAAAGAAAAAUCAUUGCCAUGUUGAGAGUCAACUAUGAGAAAUCAUUUGAUGAGAAACCAUUGGAAGUGAAAAUGGAAGAUAAAAGACCAGGACGAUUUGCUGGUUCAAAAGUAUCACAAAUUGCCAACAUUUUUCAAAGCAUGGCACCCGGAAAAGAAGAUGGCGUGUUAUUAGUCGGUGGAGCGCGAACUCCCGACAGUCCCAAAUUGUCGCGAAAAGAUGAUCCUUUUCGGGAAUUAUCAAAGGAACCCGUGACCGUGACGGUUGUCAGAACGGAAAGUCACGUGGCCAGAUUUAACAAUGCUCGUGCAAUGUUUGAAAAGCUCGGAGAGGAAAAUCAAAAAGUUCACCUUCGAUCUCCCGGAUCAAUCACGCCAAAGUCACUCACGGAUCGACGUUCUCGGUCUAGUUCUGCGAAUUCUUCUGACGGAAACUCGACAUCACCUUCUCGUAACAAACAAAUUUCUUCAAGAUCUCCAUCUCCGUCGUACCAAAGCAAUAGAAAUUCAUUAACGAACGGUCACGAUGGUUUCAAUCAUUUGGCAAAUAAUAAAAUAGCGAAUAGAUUAGACGCUCCUAAGCAAAAUUAUCUAUCGAAAGAAAUUAACAAGGGUAAAGAAAACGAAUGUAAUUUAUUUGAACCUUGUAAGGCGGCCGUUUUGAAAAACUGUUUGGAAAAUAAAAAGAAAAUAGACUUGGAAAAACCGGAGAAACCGGAAAAACCCGAAAGGAAAAUAAAUAAUUUGAUCGAAAAACAAAGGAAUUGGCCGAGUCAUUUUUCAAAUCGUAGGUCCACAUCGAAAAUAAGCAAUGAGAAUAGGAAUAACGUGGGAGAGACUAAAACUACCAUUAUCAAUAGUGUUGUUAAUCGUGUUAGUGCAGUGACUAAAAAUAAUAAUAAUAAUAAAAUCGGUAGUGAACCAACGUAUUCCGUACCGGCGUCAAAAUUAUGUUCUUCUCCAUUGAGUCCCAACAGCCAUGUGCCAUAUCCUCCUAUAUCACCAUCACCGUCGAUGAUGAUGAUGAUGAGCUCGCAAGAGGAAAAGCAAGAAAAAGAAGUUCAGGAAAAAGUUUGCUUAUCUAUGGGUAAGUCUCACAUAUCAAUACUUUCUACAUUUUCUCUCGUACAUGCCUCCAUUUUUUAUAUUCGAAUACAUGUUGCUCGGUGA